GAGGAGAACCAGGGACGCCUGGUGGUCUCCUGCUGUAAGGGCGCUGAUCGAGUCCAGUUGUUCGAUCAAAAAUUACGGGAAACGCGCCCGUCUGAUUCUGUUGUAGGCUUGUGAGGGACCAAGUGUGGUAGGUAGGUCCUUGUAUCUGUAAUAUUUCUGUUAUUCCUGUUAUUUGUGUUUCUGACAUAUCUACUGACGAUGGGACAGACUGUGACAACCCCUCUGAGUUUGACUCUAGAUCAUUGGACUGAAGUGAAGAGAAGAGGUCGUGACCUGUCAGUAGAGGUUAAAAAAGGCCCAUGGCAGACUUUCUGCUCCUCGGAGUGGCCCACUUUUAACGUCGGCUGGCCCUCAGGAGGAACCUUUGACUUAUCUCUUAUUUUUGCUAUCAAAGAGAUUGUUUUUCAGAGAGGACCGGGAGCCCAUCCGGAUCAACAACCUUACAUCAUAGUCUGGCAGGACCUGGUGCAGAAUCCGCCCCCCUGGGUUCGGCCGUGGACUGCCACAUCCAGGCCCCCGUCUAAUCCUUGGGUGCUCGCUGUCCAAUCUUCUGGUUCCAAAAAAGGGGGUGACAGUUCGGACCCCCCUAAGAAGAUCUACCCGGAAAUUCAGACUGAUCAUCUUCUCCUCGACCCUCCACCCCCUCCUCCCCCAUACCCUCCCGCCUUGGCUCCUGUCAGGGGGCAGGGAGGACCAGCAUCACCAGAUCUGGCGAUUGCCCCCUCUGCACCCCCGGGGGAACCUUCACUGGGGCCCACACAAGGUACCAGGAGUCACCGCCGGGGAGAAAUGUCUCCCGACACUACUGUUGCCCUGCCCUUGAGGGCAUACGGCCCCCCGCCGAUGGCAACAGAUGAGGGACCACCUCCUCUCCAGCCCCUCCAGUACUGGCCAUUUUCUUCCGCAGACCUGUAUAACUGGAAAACUAAUCACCCCCCUUUUUCAGAAGACCAACGCCUGACUGGGCUGGUAGAGUCCCUGAUGUUCUCUCAUCAGCCCACAUGGGAUGACUGCCAGCAGCUCAUACAGACUCUCUUCACUACUGAAGAGAGGGAGAGGAUUUUACUAGAAGCUAGGAAGAAUGUACUCGGGGCAGACGGGCGUCCUACCCAGCUCCCCAAUAUCAUCGAGGCUGCCUUUCCCCUCUCCAGACCUGACUGGGACUUCAACACGGCAGAAGGUAGGGAGCGACUGACAGUCUAUCGCCAGGCUCUAGUGGCUGGCCUCCGUGGGGCGGCAAGACGCCCCACUAAUUUGGCUAAGGUAAGAGAAGUAAUACAGAGGGCCACGGAACCCCCCUCAGUGUUUCUUGAUCACCUAAUGGAAGCUUUUAGGCGCUACACCCCAUUUGACCCUGCCUCUGAAGGACAGAGGGCUUCUGUGGCUAUGACUUUCAUAGGACAGUCAGCUGUAGACAUUAAAAGAAAGCUGCAGAGGAUUGAAGGAUUGCAGGACUAUACCUUGCAGGAUUUAGUUAAGGAAGCUGAGAAAGUAUACCAUAAAAGAGAAACUGAGGAAGAAAAAGAGCAGAGAAAGGAGAAAGAGAGAGAGGAAAGGGAAAAUAAGAGAGACCGAAGACAGGAGAAAAACUUAACACGGAUUUUGGCCGCAGUAGUAGGGGAGAAGAGCCAAGAACAGACCCAAGGUAGAACUAAGAAGUCAGGUAGCCUGGGCAACCGCGUCCCGUUAGGUAAAGAUCAAUGUGCCUACUGUAAGGAGAAGGGGCACUGGGCCAGGGAAUGUCCUAAAAAAAGAAAGAAAGUACUGGCCUUAGAGGAAGAAGAAGAUUAGCGGGGAUGGGGCUCGGAACCCCUCCCCGAGCCUAGGGUAAUACUUAAGGUGGAGGGGAAGCCAGUUGAGUUCCUAGUAGACACCGGAGCUCAACACUCAGUCCUACUGGAAUCAUCAGGACCCGUCUCCAAGAAAAAAUCAUGGGUUGUAGGGGUCACAGGGCAUCAGCAGUACUAAUGGACUACCCGAAGAUCAGUAGAUCUGGGAGUGGGAUGGGUAACCCACUCAUUCUUAAUUAUCCCUGAGUGCCCUGUGCCCCUCCUUGGGAGAGAUUUACUCACCAAAAUGGAAGCCCAGAUCACUUUCACUUCUGAUGGCCCAGAGGUAACCCAGAAUAAGAGAGUAACAGCCCUGACCAUGCGUUUGGAGGAUGAACAUAGACUCUUUGAAAAGCAAUGGGAGAAAGGGACUAGUCUCAUACAUGAACAUCUUCGCAUUUGGAAUGGAGAGACCCGAACUCUGGAAUGA